AUGGCAGAUGUCCCAGAUUGCCCCAGCGAGCGGGCCCCAGCACCUGGCAUACGCGCAGAGACUGAGCCUGGGCCACAUCAGGUGCCGCCGCGCGCCGGGAGGGCUCUCCACUCAGCCGUGGACACCCCUCAAUACCGCAGCAAGAAGGGGCCGUGGGCACACACCUGUGCCCUGUUCCAGACCCCAAGCCAUUGUCCAGCCUGCGGCCAGUUCUCGUGCCGGGGACCCCUUGCGCCUGCCAGGAUGCUGGGAGCCGGGGCCUCCCCGGGCCAGGGCCAGCCCCCCAGCACCAAGGCUGCCCUGAGCAGGCGGGACGUCUUGCUGCUCACCUACGUGCUGGCUUCGCUGGAGCUCACAUGCCUCUUCAUGCAAUUCUCCGUCAUGCCGUACCUGACCCGAAGCCUCGGCCUGGACUCCAUCGCCUUCGGCUACCUGCAGACCACCUUCGGGGUUCUUCAGCUGCUUGGUGGGCCCAUGUUCGGCAGGUUCGCAGACCAGCGAGGGGCGCGGGCGGCCUUCACGCUGUCCUUCCUGGCGUCCUCGGCGCUCUACCUGCUCCUGGCGGCCGCCUGCAGCCCAGCCCUGCCCGGUAUCCUCCUGCUCUUCACCUCGCGCAUCCCCUCCGCCCUCAUGCACAUCAUGCCAGUGGCCCCAAACCCAGAUCCUGCCAGUCCUGAUGCAGCUCCGGCUUCCGGCCAGGCCCCUGCCCUCUUGAUGCAGUGCCCUAUCCUCGUGGCACUCGCUAUCAAUGUCCUGGGUACUGUCCUCAGCUUCACCUUCAUCCCGGCCAGCACCAAAGGGACCAGUGGGGAUGCCCAGGCCCCCCCAGCAGGGAACCCCAAGGCCAGCGUGUUUGACCUGAAGGCCAUCAGCCGCCUGCUGCUCCUGCCCGGAGUCCUGCCCGUCUUCCUCAUCAAGGUGGUAUCCGGCUUUCCGUCAGGCCUCUUCAUGAUCAUGUUCUCCAUCAUCUCCAUGGACUUCUUCAAACUGGAGGCCGCCCAGGCCGGCUACCUCAACUCCUACAUUGGGAUCCUUCAGAUGGUCGUCCAGGGUCUGGUGGUUGGACGGCUGAGCCGCCGCUUCUCCAAGCGCACCCUUCUCCAAGCCAGCGUACUGGUCUUCGUCAUCGUGGGUCUCGCUAUGGCUCUCAUGGCCAAUGUCUACCACUUCUGCCUCCUGGCGCCUGGCCUGAUCUUUAGCCUGUGUGUCCUCAACGUGGUCACCGACAGCAUGCUGACCCAGUCCGUCUCCCCCGCAGACACAGGCACCAUGCUGGGUCUCUGUGCCACUGUGCAGCCGCUGACCCGCACGCUGGGACCCACCCUCAGCGGCCUCCUGUACCACCAUGUUGGGGUGCCUGUGUUCGGACAUGUGCAGGCGGCUGUCAACCUCCUGGUCUUCCUGAUGCUCUGGAAGAUGCCUCUGCUCCAGAAGACGGACAAGCUGGGAACCUGCCUGGCUGAGCAGGCUGCCUGGGGCCCAGUGAACCUUCAGUGCCCUGCCACCUGCCCCAGCCCCUAG